AUGUUAGCUGAGAUCUCUCGCUUAGAUCUCCAAGAACUCAGUACUUCUUCUGGGGCGUCAAUCACUGAUGUCAAGCACCUAUCCUCCUACAACUGGCUUGAGGCACCCACUCCUACUAUUGCUGUCCCCGGUAGUCCGCCUCUUUGGGCUCCACCAAGAGUUCCUCGACAAUUAAAAAAGGACUCUGGCCUAUUCUACAUUGCCCAAAACUCUGCUCGUCAUCCGGACAGUCCGCUUGAGCCUCUAUUUCGCGCGUUGUACCUCACCAAUCCUUCAUUCGACAUCCACUCGAUUCACGUCGUCACCGACCGCAACAAUAUCCGUAAACUCCUCUCAUUCAUCGAUCCUAGGUCGGCUAGAGGCGGACUGGAAGCCUUCACGAUCAACAUUGAGGUUGUGAAAAACACGGUGAUAUUCUGUCUCUCGGAUACAGUGACGCACGAGUAUAUCGAACCGCGAGAAUUCCGAGGCUUUGGUCACGAAUUUGAGAAGGUAUACACUGCUAACCAGAUCAGCCUCAGCACUGGGCAUCACAGAAUCAUUUCCUACCGCUUCAGUGAUCUGACCUUCCUCGUACGCCAUGAAACGGACGGAUAUGUACACGCUGGGAUAGAUACAAACAAACCUAGGGGUAGCGAAGAGCCGGAACCGGAAAAUGACAAUCUCCCUAGCUUCCUGGAAUCCUUGUCUCUUUCCUCAACCAAAGCGCCUUCAAAGAUCACGCCUGCCGGAAAGUCUAAGCUAACGGUUAUAGAGCAAGGCAAGGCGGUGCCACUUGAAUCAACCAUCGAAAUCAAAACACGCGUCUCUCAUAGACUGCUUGUGAUGGACGAGAUCGUGCCGCAGCUCUGGGUAUCCCAAACCCCGAAGCUCGUCCGUGCUUAUCACACAAAGGGUACAUUUCAGCGACCAGAGGUUGAGGACAUGGCGGGCGAGAUCAGGAUAUGGGAGGCAGGGAACCAGAGCAACCUGAAGAAAUUGGCUGCCCUGAUUCACACAAUUAUCGACGUUGUGAAGGGAUGUGGGGGACAUGCUGUCGUCAACUAUGAUAUCAAGGGAGACAAGCUGGUAGUGUUGCAGGUUGAAGGAAGAAGAAUGCUUCCAGAGGACUUUAAGGUGGCGUGGCGAGACACCCUGUGUGGCAAGACAAAUGAGGGGUACUUUAACUUUUAG